AUGAUAAGUGAAGCCUCCAUAAUCAUCUUCCUUGCAGCCUUUGCUCUAGUUUCAAAUUUUAUGGGAGUUUUCCAUACCGGAUAUUUAUUUAGUGAAUCCUGCGGACAAGUGUUCAACGUCCCAACAAAUAGAUAUCAUGAUAAAGGCAAUUGCAGCGAUCCAAGUUACGAACUAGUGUGUGAGAAUAACCGAAGUGUGUUGUAUGUAAACUAUGGGAGGCAUUUAAUAGAGGCCAUUUAUGCCACUAACUCCACCACUGCUCUCCAAUCCAUCACCGCUGGACUUGACAUCAACAAUUGCCCAGCGAUCUCUCGUCAAUCCCUCGCAUACAAUAACUUCAGCCAAGCUUUCACAGCCAAAGAGACAGAACUCGACUCCAAGAAUAACCACUUCAAUUAUUAUGUGGGAGGAUUAGUGUUUGUCGGCUGCCAAAAUCCACUCUCUCCUGAUCGCUAUCCGGGUUUAGUGGCGCUUUGUACUAACGAAGCGCCCGAAACGCUUCAUCCUUUUGUGCUGACGUGGUAUUCCUCAAGUAUCUCUGGAGUGCCAGAGUCAUGCAGAAUAGAUUUGAUAGUGAAGGUGGUGCCAUGGGGACCAAUGGCGUGUAAUGAGAGUUGUUCAUAUCCGAAAGUUCAGAGGCAAGAGGUAAAAGGGAUUGAGGUCAGAUGGCGCCCAAAUCGUUGUGGAGUGUGGGACGCAGGGCCGCAGCCUGACUGUUGGUUUGAAAAUGCCACUAAUAUGGUUCUUUGUCCUUCCCAAGACUACGGUGCGGCAAUUUGUCUUGUGAACCUUAUUUUCGGUGAGCUUCAUGGAUAUAGUUUUCAUGGAAUAUAG